AUGACUUGCACGCGCGUUGCUUCGCUAUCGUCGCCGCUCAGGACUGGGCUGGGUCUGGGUCUGGGUCUGGGGUUGGCGCUGGGCUCGCUCCUGGCGUUGGCCUCGGCUGCGCCUUCGGCUCCGCUGGACUCCACAACGACUUCUAGCCCGGCUUCUACUUCGUCGUCUGCGUCCGCAACCUCGUCCACAGCCGCGUCCUCUGAUCACCCUUUCUCAACUCCGACCUCUGAUGAUUCUUUCUCAACCGAGUCCUCUCUUCACCCUUCCUCAGAUGACUCUUCCUCAACCCCGUCCUCAGAUGACCCUUUCACAACCUCGUCAUCAGAUGAUUCUUUUUCAACCCUGUCCUCUGAUGACCCUUCCUCAACCCCAUCCCCAGAUGAUCCUUCCCCAACGCAAUCCUCAGAUGAUCCUGCCCCAAACACGUUAUCAAAUGAUUCUUCCUCAACCCUACCCUCAGCUCCUUCCCCUUCCCCGUCCUCAGACCUGCUCUCAACUACGGGCCCAGCAUCAUCAUCUGCGUCCUCGAAUCCUUCCUCAACAUCAUCUUCAGAUCCGUCCUCUUCUGCCCCCUCGGCUCCGUCCACAAGCCCUGCAACUGCCCUGACGCCGCCCCGUCCCAUCGUCGCCUCCUCACCGACCAACGCCACCAGGAAGAAGCCGCAGCUGCCUCGCAGUGUGAAAGUGUGCAGUGCGAAGGAUCCAGAGCUUGACAUCUGCUUCAGAGAAUCUGCAAAUAAGAUGCUCAAGUUCAUUCUUCCAGGGUCGCGGCGGCUGGGGUUGGUGCGCCUGGAGCCGCUGCUGGUGCCGUCGGUGCAGCUGCCGAGGGGCAACGGCCUCAUGCCGGGCCUCGCCCUCAACCUGAGCGACUCUCGCCAGAUGGGCUGGGCACGUGCCUCGCUGCUCGACGCCAGAGCUGUUCCAAAGAACUCUCGAUUUGCUGUCACCUUUCAAGGCCACCCUGAACAGCGCAAUACAGGUCGUCAUUUAAAGCUGGACAAUCUCUCCUUUGAAUCCAAGUUCGGCCGCAUUCAUUUUGACAUGAAGAACCUCUUUGGGAACGAAAAAAUGUCGAACCUGACGAACGCGCUGAUGAACCAGCACAGCCAGCUGCUGGGCGAGCAGGCGGGGCCCGCCGUGGACCUGGUGUUCUCCGAGCUCUACCAAGGCCUCCUGCAGCGCUUCUUCGACGUGAUGGUCCUCGACGACCUCUUCCCCGACCUCCCACACAACUCGCUCUAACGACGCUCUGCUG